UACUUUUUUAAAAAUGUAUAUUAAAUCUAGAUAAGUAGGCGAGGUAUCUGGAUUCUCCAUAGAAACGAAAUACACAUUAUUCAGUAAUUAUUAAUAAUGUCUAAUAAAGAGGAGUGCCCCAUUUUUAAAGUCGACGAUAUUGAUCUAGGCGACAGUGACCAAAAUAAGGAUCAUGAACUCGUUGGAAUCUUAAAAAGACGUAUCAACGCUCUCAAAAAGAUUGAUUACAAUUUCGCGAAGAUUAAGGCCCAACAUUUUAAGGACUCCUAUUCUCUGGACUGCAAAUACCAUAAUUUGUAUACCCCCUUCUUUGAAAAACGUGCCGCUAUUGUUAAAGGGGAAUAUGAUCCUACCGAAGAAGAGGCCGAUUGGCCCUAUGAGCCUGAGACAAACUUGAUAGAAGAGUUGGAAAGAAUGAUUUAUGCUAAGGGUAUUGAUAAAAAUGUUAGAGGCAUCACUGAUUUCUGGCUGACCAUCUUUAUGAAAGUUGAAGUUUUGAGAGAUAUGGUACAACCACACGAUGCACCUAUUCUCAAACAUUUGAUUGAUAUUAGGCUAAUCAUUAAGGAAGAACCAAUGAGUUUCAUUCUUGAAUUUCAUUUCACGCCAAACGAAUUCUUUACAAACACUGUCCUUACCAAAGAAUAUUUAAUGAAAUACGAUCCAGAUGAAAAUCCAUCUAAAUUUAAGGGACCCCAGUUGUCAAAAUGCUUAGGCUGUAAUAUCAACUGGGCACCAAACAAAAACGUAACAAUUAAGAUUGUUCAGAGGAAACAGAAAAAUGCAACUUCUGAUCAAACGGUUGAAAAGACCGUUAAAAAUUGUUCGUUUUUCAACUUUUUUACGCCACCCACGAUGCCAGAAAAAUCUGAACUUGAAGAUGGUAUCAAGGAGGAAUUGGCGAAUUAUCUCACUGAUGAUUUCAAAAUUGGUCUUCUCAUGAAGAACCGUAUCAUACCAAGAGCAGUGUACUUUUAUACUGGCGAAGGAAUUGACGACGACUUUGAAGAAGAAGAAUACGACGAGAACGAAGAUGAAGAAAAAAUAUCUGAAUCGGAAGUAGAUAAACCGAAUUUUAAUUGUACAAUACUGUAAAUUAUUUGUAAUUUAAAUUACCUUUAUUCUGGGCGUUUUAACAAAUUCAUUGACUUGUAUACAUGUUUCUUAAGAAAUAAACAAAAAUUUUGAAUA